GUUUCCAACAUCCGGGAGACGUAAAUUGUACUGACAAGCAGGAACAUACUCUGGUUCUUUUAAGAGACAUUUAUACAUUUAGUGCAUAAAACAGGAGAAUUUCCCCGCUAAGAAGAUAAUUCAGAACAUGGCUGAAGAAAACGUGACUCAGCAGAUGAAGGAAUUGCAUGUAGACGAGGGAAAGAAGGGUGGCGAAGAGGGAAAAUGCAACAAAGAACGAGGAAAGAAAAAGACUAAAGAAGGUGGUGACUCUAAUGGCAGGGCUGAGUUACAUCCUUGGCCUAAAUAUAUAGAGGAGCGUUUGGCACUCUACAAUAAGCUGAAAGAGGAGCAUGAUGCCCUAAUGGUGGAAAAAGCAGCGAAAGAACGUAAGCCCAUUAAAGUGACCCUUCCUGACGGAAAGGUGGUUGAGGCAGAGUCAUGGAAAACCACGCCUUAUCAAAUUGCUUCUGGCAUCAGCCAAGGUCUAGCUGACAACACUGUGAUAGCGAAAGUUAACAAUGAGGUCUGGGACCUGGACAGGCCUCUGGAGAGUGAUUGUAGCUUGCAGCUGCUCAAGUUUGACGAUGAAGAAGCACAAGCUGUUUACUGGCACUCAAGCGCUCACAUCAUGGGUGAAGCUAUGGAGAGGGUCUAUGGAGGCUGCCUGUGUUAUGGUCCUCCCAUAGAAAAUGGUUUUUAUUAUGAUAUGUUCCUUGAGAGUAAUGAAGGUGUGUCUAGUAAUGACUUUCCCUGCCUGGAGAACCUGUGCAAGAAGAUCAUAAAGGAAAAGCAGCCAUUUGAAAGGCUGGAGGUCAAGAAGGAAACGCUGCUUGAAAUGUUUAAGUAUAAUGAGUUUAAGCGCAGGAUUUUAAAUGAGAAGGUACAGACUCCAACUACUACUGUGUACAGGUGUGGGCCAUUAAUAGACCUCUGUAGGGGCCCUCACGUGAGACACACUGGAAAAAUUAAAACCUUGAAGAUACACAAGAACUCCUCUACAUACUGGGAAGGAAAAGCAGAUAUGGAAACUCUGCAGAGGAUUUAUGGGAUUUCCUUUCCAGACCCCAAGAUGCUGAAGGAAUGGGAGAGGUUUCAAGAGGAGGCUAAAAAUCGAGAUCACAGGAAAUUGGGCAGGGAACAAGAGCUCUUUUUCUUCCAUGACCUAAGCCCUGGGAGCUGCUUCUUCUUGCCAAAAGGAGCCUAUAUCUAUAACACUCUAAUUGAAUUUAUCAGGAGCGAGUACCGAAAGAGAGGCUUCCAGGAGGUGGUGACCCCAAAUAUUUACAACAGCAAACUGUGGCAAACCUCCGGCCACUGGGACCAUUACAGCGACAACAUGUUCUCCUUUGAGGUGGAGAAGGAGAUCUUUGCCCUCAAGCCCAUGAACUGUCCAGGCCACUGCCUGAUGUUUGACCACCGUCCACGUUCUUGGAGAGAGCUCCCCCUGCGCCUGGCGGACUUUGGCGUGCUCCACCGUAACGAGCUGUCCGGGGCGUUGACUGGGCUCACCCGUGUCCGGCGCUUUCAGCAGGACGACGCUCACAUCUUCUGCUCAAUGGACCAGAUUGAAGAGGAGAUCAAAGGUUGCCUGAAUUUCCUUCGAGCUGUUUAUGAUGUGUUUGGAUUCACAUUCAAGCUGAAUCUCUCCACUCGUCCGGAGAAGUUCCUUGGUGAACCCGAAGUGUGGAAUCAGGCAGAGAAACAACUUGAGAACAGCUUGAAUGAAUUUGGAGAGAAGUGGGUACUUAACCCUGGUGAUGGAGCAUUUUAUGGACCAAAGAUUGAUAUUCAGAUUAAGGAUGCCAUUGGAAGGUACCAUCAGUGUGCAACAAUCCAGCUGGACUUUCAGCUUCCAAUUAGGUUUAAUCUCACCUAUGUGAGCCAUGAUGGUGAUGACAAGAAAAGACCAGUUAUCAUUCAUCGUGCUAUCCUGGGCUCUGUCGAAAGAAUGAUUGCUAUUCUGACUGAAAAUUAUGGUGGAAAAUGGCCACUCUGGCUGUCUCCACGUCAGGUGAUGGUUGUACCAGUUGGACCCACUUGUGAAGAGUAUGCGCAAAAGGUGCGGCACCAAUUCUAUAGUGGUGGUUUGAUGUGUGAUGUGGACUUGGAUCCAAGCUGUACUCUUAAUAAAAAGAUCAGAAAUGCACAGUUGGCACAGUACAACUUCAUCCUGGUUGUGGGUGAGAAGGAGAAGAGCAGCGACACUGUGAAUGUGCGCACCAGAGACAACAAAGUUCAUGGGGAGCGCGGCCUGCAGGAGUGUGUCGAGCGCCUGCAGCACCUCAAGGCUAUCCGCACCAGAAACGCAGAAGAGGAGUUCUGAACAAACUGCCUUAAACGUUUGCUGCAAUGCAGUUGCGUAGGAAGAAAAUGUGCAGGCAGCCAAUUUGUUUUUGCAACGGAUCAUUUUUGCAUCACUUACAUUGUGCAAGACAACCUUUACUUUUUCCUUGCAGCCUUUAAAAAUGUGUUGGGUUUCCAAUGUUAGGGUGGUUUAUUAGGGUUACUUUGGUCCUGAGUCCUGUCAACACUCAAUUCUUUUUCUUAUCCAUGGCUUUCAAUUUUCAAAUAUACUCCAGAUGAAUUCUUGAUUAUUUAAUUUAAAUCCAUACUUGAUUUACUGAUUAGACACUUUUGAAUUGUUUCAUGUCCAUCAAAUGUGGGAUUUUAAAUAUUUAUAAGGAACAUUAAGUCAGAAUCUUCAGGAGCAGAAAAUAAAACUGAUUAAAAUCAAACAUGUUAAUUCAGUCCAGGGUUCCGUUAUGCAACCAAGACUCCAGCUGGAAGGACAGAAUCAAAGUUGUGAAGUGAUGAUCUAAUCCUCUUGACUGAUUUUGUGUUAAAAUGUGGGGUCUCUGUCUGGCCACAAGGGCAGAGUUUCAGUAAUUAACUGGGAUUACCAGUGCUUGUAGCUUUCAUCUUUCUCGUGAAGUUAAAUGCCGUAACUAUUUUACCUUUCAAUGCACUGUCAUUGGGAAUACACUGGAAAUCUGAGUGGUAGUGUACAAAAAGGUUUUCUAAAAUUACAUCUUAAGAAAUGUUUGGUAAAAUUCAGUGACUUAUUCCAUGUCAAUGAAUUUAAUGUAAUUUUUUAUUUUCUGCAAAAUAGAUGCUGUACAGUACAGGUUAACGGGUAUUUACAGUGUUUUUUGUAUCUGGAGACAUAAUUUAUUGGGAUCUGGAUGGAUAUAAGGGACCUUUUAAUAGUUAGGAGUAAGGUUAAAGAAAAACUUUUUUUUCCUUCCCUCAAACGAGGAUUUGCUUCAUCAUUAACAUAUCAGAUUUAACAGUUCACAUCCCAGGAAAAUAAAAGUAAAGGAUUAUUCUUGCAUUUUUGUGUUGUGUAUUAUUUUAGAAGUGAUAAUGUGAACAUAUGUUUGCAUGUCAUGUGUCAUAAGAUUUCUCACACUUCAGUAAAAUUAAUGUUUUUUGUUAGAUUAAAUAUGUAUGCAUUGUUAUGCAUAGGAAUAGAGGUACAGAUUAAUUUCUUCUGUUAUCAUGUGAACCACUGUUAUUGCAUGUAGACUGAGGCCAAUCAACUAAUUGUGACUUGUCAAAGUAAUUUUGUGUAUCUGAACUAAUUUGAGUUUGUCACAUCAUUUGGGUGAAUACUUUUGCCAUUAACACUUUAGUUUGUGUUUUUUCUUUAAAUGUCAUAAAAACUACUAAAUUCUUUCCCCCACAAUUUGAGCACUAGUUUUGACUACUAUUCACCAAAAAUGUAUAUAUCUGUAAUUCAACAAUUGGGCAAUUGGAAUACUUUAAGACAUCAUGAUACAGCUGUUUGGCUGCAUACAAACAAAACCUUCACUUUGACACUGUGGCCCCUGACUUAAUGCAAUACAAUAAAACUAUACUAAAUAGACUUUGCUCUAGGAAUGCUCUGUGUGCAUUUGACAAAUGUAAAGCUGACAAAACACUGAAACUGCUGUGGCACGAAAGAAUGAAAGUAUCCCAACUAAUGCAGGUGCUUUUAGCCACAUUGGCACCUGGCUGGUGUUUGUUGGUACUUGGGGAGCAUCAGAUGAAGAUGCCUAAUGCCAUAGCCAAGUCUGAAAAGAGUGAAAUUGGGCCUGUAGGAUUUAACUUGCACUCAACCAGCAAGGUACUGUAGUAGCCCAAAGUCCUGGGAGACGGGAGGAAUGUGAGAGUGUUUUGUACAAUUGUAGAAUGAAUUCCAACAGUGAAACACCACACGACAGGAUAUAUUAUUUUGUGAUAAUGCUGUACUGUAUGUUUAACACCAGAUGACUAAACGUUCUAAACGUUUAUGUACAGUAUAAGGUUCUGCGUUCUUUUCUCACACACGGGUUUAACAACAUAGAUUUUGACAUAGAUUCGAUUUUGUUUUGCUUUUGUUCACAGACAUUUUUAUGUAUACUUUCACUUUCGCUUUUAACUGUGAAACAGUCGCAUUAUUUCUUGGAAAGGGUUAGUUCUGUCUUUUCAUGUGAAUCGGAUAUUUUAACGACCGCACUUUUCUGGCCUUCUGAUGUUGAAAGUAAAACACCUGGUUUAUAAUGGAUUUCAGCGAAGAGGAGAAAAUAUGGCUGGAACUAAUUUUAUCCACGGCCUCAGAUGAUGGAACGCUUUCACCACUGGAAAAAUGUCUUCGUGACCUUGCAAAGCCACAAAGUGUGCUUGAAGAAUGGAUGUUUGAGUUCAUGGCCCGGCUCCGAUUUGGAAUGGUGGUAUCUAGUUUUCACAACAAUAACCAACGCUGCACUCCUAAAGGAACAUGAGAAUUGUUUUUGCAGUAUUUCUUCAUUUUGAAUGAAGUGGAGGUGGGAUGCAAAAGACGUACGCGAGGGGGAGAUGGGGAUCACCUAGGUAUUUAUAGCAUUUUGUAGAGGAAGGAUGACAGGAGUGAUUGAUAAUUACUGACAGCUGAGUACGUUUGAGCUUGGUUGUUGUUGUCCCUCCCGAACUUUCGGACCUGCCGUUUGGCCACAUCCGUCUAUUCUUUUUUUGGACAUGCAAAAUGCUGCCUUGACACAGGUGUUAAUACCAUUUUUUUCAGAUAUGAAUGAUUUAUAAAGUUUCAUAUAUCUGAAAAUGCAUGUGAGAACAGUGUCACUAGUAUUUUCUGUACAGAUCUGUUUCAUUAUGUUGGUUUUCCUAUAAUGUUUUUCCAGAAUAAAGAUGACAGUUGUUGUGUUA